AUGUGGAGAUCAUCGAGCAGCCCAAGCAGCGCGGCAUGCGCUUCCGCUACAAAUGCGAGGGCCGCUCUGCUGGCAGUAUCCCUGGGGAGAGGAGCACGGAUACCACCAAGACUCACCCCACCAUCAAGAUCAAUGGCUACACAGGACCAGGGACGGUUCGCAUCUCCCUGGUCACCAAGGAUCCCCCUCACAGGCCUCACCCUCACGAGCUUGUGGGGAAGGACUGCCGGGAUGGCUUCUAUGAGGCUGAGCUCUGCCCAGACCGCUGCAUCCACAGUUCCCAUAGAAGAGCAGCGAGGGGACUAUGACCUGAAUGCUGUGCGGCUGUGCUUCCAGGUGACAGUGCGGGACCCGGCAGGGAGGCCACUCCGCCUGCAACCUGUCCUCUCUCAUCCCAUCUUUGACAACCGUGCCCCCAACACUGCUGAGCUCAAGAUCUGCCGAGUGAACCGAAACUCUGGGAGCUGCCUCGGUGGGGAUGAGAUCUUCUUGCUGUGUGACAAGGUGCAGAAAGAGGACAUCGAGGUGUAUUUCACGGGACCAGGCUGGGAGGCCCGAGGCUCCUUUUCACAAGCUGAUGUGCAUCGACAAGUGGCCAUCGUGUUCCGGACCCCUCCCUAUGCAGACCCCAGCCUGCAGGCCCCUGUACGCGUCUCUAUGCAGCUGCGGCGGCCUUCCGAUCGGGAGCUCAGUGAGCCCAUGGAAUUCCAGUACCUGCCAGACACAGAUGAUCGUCACCGGAUUGAGGAGAAACGCAAAAGGACGUAUGAGACUUUCAAGAGCAUCAUGAAGAAGAGUCCUUUCAAUGGACCCACCGACCCUCGGCCUCCACCCCGGCGCAUUGCUGUGCCUUCCCGCAGCUCAACUUCCAUUCCCAAGCCAGCCCCCCAGCCCUAUCCCUUUCCACCAUCCCUCAGCACCAUCAACUUUGAUGAGUUUUCUUCUCCCGUGGUGUUCCCUUCUGGGCAGCUCCCAUGCCAGGCCUUGGCAACAGCUCCUACCCCAAUCCUGAACCAGGUCUCAGCCUCUGCCCCUGCCCCAGCCAUGGCAUCAGCUCUGGCCCCAGGCCCAGCCCCUGGCUCAGUCCUGGCCCCUGGCCCUCCUCAGCCUGUAGCCCCACCUGCCCCCAAGACCACCCAGGCUGGGGAAGGAACACUGACAGAGGCCCUGCUGCAGCUGCAGUUUGAUGCUGAUGAAGACCUGGGGGCCUUGCUUGGCAAUAGCACAGACCCAGCCGUGUUCACGGACCUGGCAUCGGUCGACAACUCUGAGGUGUAUCUAUGCCGCCCCCCACAGCUGAGCCCAUGUUGAUGGAGUACCCUGAGGCUAUAACUCGCCUGGUCACAGGGUCUCAGAGGGGCCCUGAACCAGCUCCUGCCCCCCUGGGGGCCUCAGGGCUCCCCAAUGGCCUCCUCUCAGGGGAUGAAGACUUCUCCUCCAUUGCGGACAUGGACUUCUCAGCCCUCCUGAGUCAGAUCAGCUCCUAAAGAGGUGACAUCUGCCCUGCCCAGAGCACUGAGUUGCAGGGGAUUGAAACCCUCCCAAAGCACUUACAGAUUCUGGGUGUGUGUGCUCCAGCUGCCCCAACUCUUUGGGUGAUGUCUUCCUGGGGGGGGAACAUUUUAUUCUUUUACUGGCAGUAUCUAUCUCUCUCUCUUUUUGGAGGUGCUUAAGCAGAAGCAUUAACUUCUCUGGAAAGGGGAGUGCUGGGAGGAUUAAAAUAGUUUGUUUCCCUAUCUUGAUGGUUAUACUGACCAUCAGGGAACUCGGGGGGUUCCCAGUCCCCAUCCUCCAGCUUCUAGUACUCUCCUAAAAAGAGGGGCAGGCUGGAGUUAUGGGCUUUGAGGCCACAAAGCCUUAUUAUCAAGUGUCUUCCUCACAUGGAUUCAUUUACAUCUUAAUCCACAGUGAUGCCCCUGUUACCAGCCCCUCUGUGGUGUUGGUAUUGUCCUUGUGCCUACCUAACACACCAGCAUCUGAGACCAGCCUUCCUGCCCUCCAGAGGUCUCUGCCAGCUCUUACCUUGCUCAGUUGGCCAGAGGGAACCAGUGGGACAGUGCUGGCCCUCUAGGAUCCAGAGGGGGGUUUGGUCUGAGACUUCCCUGCUCCCCCUUUGCUCAAGUGCCUUAAUAGUAGGGCAAGUUGUUUGGCGAGUGGGGGAGAGCAGGCUGGCAGCUCUCCAAUCAAGAGGCACCGUUUCUGAAGAAUCAAAGCAGUUGGACUCUUGCUCUUUCUACUCUGAACUAAUAAAUGUGUUGCCAAGCUGCCCA